AUGACUGAAACAGCUGCUGAGCAUGAAGCUUUUUCUGUCAUGCACCAGAGAGUCGGGGAAUCUACAGUUAACUUCCAUGCUAGACUAACCGAAAAAGUACGGCUUUGUGGGUACAGCCCCAACGACCAGGAUCGCUUUGUGAGAGCGCAAUUGCUCAAAGGAAUGGUCAACAAAGAAUUGGUGAAAGACGCAAGAACAGAUGGUCGAGCCACAAGUGAAAUCGUAAAAGCAGCAACACGAAGAGAAGCCUACGAUGCGGAAUUAGUAUCUGCCAGCCCAGUCAUUAAUCCACCUGAGGCUCUUGCCGUAGAAAACACGCGACGGAGGAAACGUGCUGGUCCUAGAGGCGAAAAUAGAGAGGUUUAUCCGAAAAGAUAUAAAAGGACACCCCCACUUGGACGACGUUCGCGUUGCUGGAGAUGUAACCGACAACGACACACAGAUGGAUUGUGUCCAGCGUUGAACGAACAGUGCAGAAAAUGCAAAAAACGUGGACAUUACGCAGCAACUUGUCGAAUCGACUCGGUGAACGACAUCCGUGAAAACGAGGAAAAGAAGCCACUGCACGGAUGGUCUGAAGACGAGCAUGAGCAGCAAAUAAAUGCUAUAACAAUUCGGGACGCUAUAGUCGAAUGUCGUUUGAGCUCCUCCCUGGCUUUAAGUUUUUUAAUCGACUCGGGAGCCGAUGUCAAUAUUAUCGGCGGUAACGACUGGUCCAUUCUCAAGAAACAGUAUCUAUCCGGUCAGGCUAAGCUUGAACCUAUAGCGAAUCCUGACAACCGACUGCUACGAGCAUACGCAACAGCCAAUCCCAUGACUAUUAAUUGCGCUUUCAAAGCAAAAGUCGAAGUAGUCGGAGCUUCUAAACCAGUUGUGGAAGCUGAAUUUUUAGUUGUUGGCGAGGGACGCCGUUCACUUCUCGGUAGAUGUACUGCUAAUGAAUUGAGACUUCUUGACAUCGGCCUAAACGUCCAUAAUUGUGAAGAGGCGGAUGAUCUCACUGUGUUCCCGAAGAUUCCGGGUGUGAGAGUGCGAUUCAGCAUCGACAAGAGUGUUCCUCCAGAAAAGAAUGCAUAUUUCAACGUCCCUGCUGCCUAUCGCGAGGCUGCUAAACGUCGUCUCGAAGAGAUGGCGGCUCGGGGCAUCAUCGAAAAAGUAACGUCAGCCCCCAGAUGGAUAAGCGGUAUGUCGGCGGUACCUAAGGGCAAAAACGACUUCCGACUAGUCGUUAAUAUGAGAGCACCGAAUAAGGCCAUAAAGCGGGAAUAUUUUCGGUUGCCCUUAGUAGAUGAAAUGCGUAUUAAACUCCACGGCGCCAAGUAUUUCACGAAAUUGGACCUUAGUAACGCGUUCUACCAUUUAGAACUUAGCAGGGAGUCACGGGACCUGACUACAUUCCUGACAGAAACCGGUAUGUUUAGAUUCACCCGUUUAAUGUUCGGAGUUAAUUGCGCGCCGGAAGUGUUCCAGCGGGAGAUGACAAGGAUCCUAGAAGGAAUAGAAAACGUUAUUAUAUACAUUGACGAUAUCCUUAUUUACUCCCCCACCUUGGAAGAAUUGCGCAAAAUAACAGCGAAAGUGUUAAAGGUGUUGCGCAUCAAUUGUCUUACUCUUAAUAAUGAUAAGUGCAUCUAUGAACAGACACGAGUGAAAUUCUUAGGACAUGAACUAGAUGAAAGAGGAUUUCACGUAGAAGAAGCGAAAAUUAAAGCUAUCCGUCAAUUCCGUGAUCCUACAACGACUUCUGAACUUAAAAGCUUCCUUGGGCUGGCAUCGUUCGUGAGCCCCCAUAUCCAAAACUUUGCAGAAAUAACGAACCCUUUGUGGGCCGCUACAGCAACCAAAAACUGGUUGUGGGGCCCCGAACAGCAGAAGGCUUUUCGACUCGUCAAGGAAAGCAUCAUAACUUCAACAACAACGUUAAGUUAUUUUUCAGAAAAUGAUAAAACGAUUUUAUAUACCGACGCCAGUCCCAACGCUCUCGGAGCUGUUCUGGUACAACAACAUAAUUCCGCUCCCUAA